CCUGAAGCUUGGGCGCUCCUUCAGUCUGGAUGUUGAUGGCAGGACAAAGGGGCGCCUGGACCAUGGGCGACGUGGUAGAGAAGAGUUUGGAAGGGCCUCUGGCACCUUCUACAGAUGAGCCCUCCCAGAAGAAGGGAGACCUGGUAGAAAUCUUAAAUGGGGAUAAGGUAAAAUUCGAUGACACGGGACUCUCCUUAAUCCUGCAGAAUGGCCUGGACACCCUCCGUGUGGAAAAUGCUCUGACUGAUGUCAUCUUGUGUGUGGACAUUCAGGAAUUCUCCUGCCACCGCGUGGUGCUUGCUGCGGCCAGCAACUAUUUCAGGGCCAUGUUCUGCAACGAUUUAAAGGAAAAGUAUGAGAAGAGGAUCAUUAUCAAAGGGGUCGAUGCUGAGACCAUGCACACUCUUCUGGACUACACCUACACCAGCAAGGCGCUGAUCACCAAGCAGAAUGUGCAGCGGGUCCUGGAAGCUGCUAACCUCUUUCAGUUCCUGCGGAUGGUGGAUGCCUGUGCCAGCUUCCUAACAGAAGCCUUGAACCCCGAAAACUGUGUUGGAAUACUGAGGCUGGCGGACACACACUCCUUGGACAGUCUGAAGAAGCAGGUUCAAAACUACAUCAUUCAAAACUUUGUGCAGAUUCUGAACUCUGAGGAGUUCCUCGAACUUCCUGUGGAUACUCUGUACCACAUCUUGAAGAGUGAUGACCUCUAUGUAACUGAGGAGGCUCAGGUGUUUGAGACUGUGAUGAGCUGGGUCCGGCACAAACAGUCAGAACGACUCUGCUUGCUUCCCUAUGUCCUUGAGAAUGUGCGCUUGCCACUUCUGGACCCGUGGUACUUUGUGGAGACGGUGGAGGCAGAUCCUCUUAUCAGACAGUGCCCAGAGGUCUUCCCACUGCUUCAGGAAGCCAGGAUGUACCACCUUUCAGGCAAUGAGAUCAUUUCGGAGCGCACCAAGCCCAGGAUGCAUGAGUUUCAGUCUGAGGUAUUCAUGAUCAUUGGUGGCUGCACGAAGGAUGAACGGUUUGUGGCGGAGGUUACCUGCCUGGACCCCUUGCGGCGCAGCCGCCUGGAGGUGGCCAAGCUCCCCAUGACGGAGCAUGAGCUGGAGAGUGAUAAUAAGAAGUGGGUGGAAUUUGCAUGCGUCACAUUAAAAAAUGAGGUCUACAUCUCAGGUGGCAAAGAAACACAGCACGAUGUUUGGAAAUAUAAUUCUUCAAUCAACAAAUGGAUUCAAAUUGAGUAUUUGAACAUAGGCCGCUGGAGGCAUAAGAUGGUGGUGUUAGGUGGCAAGGUCUAUGUGAUUGGAGGUUUUGAUGGCUUGCAGAGGAUCAACAACGUGGAGACCUACGACCCCUUCCAUAACUGCUGGUCAGAGGCAGCGCCCCUUCUCGUCCACGUCAGUUCCUUCGCAGCCACCAGCCACAAGAAGAAGCUCUAUGUGAUUGGGGGCGGACCCAAUGGGAAACUGGCCACAGACAAGACUCAGUGUUAUGACCCUUCAACUAAUAAAUGGAGUUUAAAGUCGUCCAUGCCAGUGGAGGCUAAAUGCAUCAAUGCAGUCAGUUUCCAGGAUCGCAUCUAUGUUGUUGGAGGGGCCAUGAGAGCGCUGUACGCCUACAGCCCCCUGGAGGACAGCUGGUGCCUGGUGACCCAGCUCAGCCACGAGAGGGCCAGCUGUGGCAUCUCGCCCUGCAACAACCGCCUCUACAUCACCGGGGGGCGGGACGAGAAGAAUGAGGUCAUCGCCACUGUGCUGUGCUGGGACCCUGAGGCCCAGAAACUAACAGAGGAGUGCGUCCUGCCCCGGGGGGUGUCGCACCACGGCAGCGUCACCAUCAGGAAGUCUUACACCCACAUCCGGAGGAUCGUGCCCGGGGCUGUGUCGGUGUGACUGCACGAGGGCGCAGGGCAGGGCCGCGGGGGCUCGGGACCGGGUGCCGGGAGACCUUCCUCCUCAUCUGUCGCCGGGUUCGUGCCACUAAAGACAGCAGGCUGGGCUUGAGCUACAGGCCCUACACCUGGGCUCCCCGUGGCUUCCCGUGGGACUCCUUGGAAGUCACAGCUUUGGGACACUCUAGACCAGCCAGGAAUGUUUGCGUGACCUACCUCAGGAGGAAAGAAGAAGAAUAUUUAACAUUCAGGACACACCUGUCCCAUGCCAGGUUCUGUGCCAGGCACUUGUGUAUAUCAAUUCAUUUAACCAUAAUGACCUGCUGACUGGAUAUUAUCACUUCAGUUUUACAGGCGAGGAAACUGAGUUUCAGAGACGCUAAGGGUUUUGCCCCUGGUCACUCUGAUUGUAAGUAGCUAAGCCAGGAAUCUAAACCCAGGUCUUUUCCAUUGCAAGGUCAGUGGUGUUCUGUCAUGCUGUCUAUCUCCGAGUAGGAAACAAAAACUGGCUCAUUUUUUGUUCUGACAAGUUUGCUAAAGGAUUCACUCAGAAAGGCAGGGAAAUAAAAUUGUUUCUUUUUGUUCUUUUUUUCUUCUGUUAGAGCCUUCAGCUCCUUGUCAAGAGUGUCUCAUAUGUUGUUUUCUCUGACAGGACCGGGAGAUGGGUCUGGGAAGACCUAUAUGCUUUGGAAGAGAUAAAAGACUUUUCCCCUAUCGAAACCUCUAUUUCUUAUAUGUACCUUAUAGAGAUACAUUCAGACCAGAACUGUCAUCCCCAGACAGAAUUGUACCUUCAGCAGAGGGCACUGGCCUGGCCUCUUCGUGUCCAGCACCUGUAUUACAAUGUAGAAAGGAUUUUCCAGAGACUCAGAAUACUUUUUUUUUUUUUUUUUUAAUGUAAACAUCCCUCCACUACUGACCACUGCAGGAAUGGCUGAUUCUUUUUGAACUGUAUACUUUCUACCUUUUAGACUGUGAUUUGAGUCCUUGUGCCUGAGUCCUUGUCACCUUCCUGGAACCUUAGUUUUCAGGAUCCUUUGAAGCCCUUCUAUUUGGUUUUCAGAUCAGUCUGGCACAAUUUGGACUCAAAGAAUGGAGUCUGUCCUUCACUCUAAGAGAUAGAGCUUUCAGAUGAGCUCACUGGAAAUUCAUUCUAAUCCCCAAAUUGGGGAAACAGAUUAAGAGAUCCUGUUUCAUGUGCCGUACUUAAAAGCAGCAACAAUGGUAACAACAUAGUAACUGCAUUACCCAGUGUGUUUUAUUUUCAUCAUAUGAUUUUAAAUCUCUUUACAGAGUGUUAUUUCAUGGCAGAUGCAGCAGAUCGUGCUUGUACUUCUGAGUAGUUUGGGAAGUUAGAGAUAUUAGAGUUGAUAGUGUGUUGAAUUUUCAUAGAAAAGUUAUGGUUAGAAGAGGCUAAAGUUCAAAGCUGAUUUAAAAAAAAAAAGACUUGGAACAUUGCAAAUGAGAUUUCUAUGUACGCUUAGGUCAUUGAGAAUAAAUAUAAACACAUGUCGGUGUGUGAAAAGCUCUGUGCCUUGGGGUCAGGUUAGGUUUAGCUCCCUGCUCCGAAAAGCAGGAUGGGAAAAUACAAAUAUAUUUGUGGAAAUUUAGAACACAUUACAGUAAGUGAUGCACUUACUCAUGAGCACUAAUAAUCUUAAUGAAGCUUUCAACUGAAACAAUUUAAUCUAGUUCCAUUUAGCAAACAUUCAAGGUGUUCUUUCUGUUUGUCAAGCCUUGGGGACACCAAUGAAUAAGACAAAUUCCCCCCAACCAAGAAACACUCAAACCGGUAAACAGGCCACGAGUCGACAUUAUAAUUUUUCUUUUCAUCAAGUUAGAGAAAAAUGAGAUGUGUGAGGUUACAUCUAUGUCUUUAUUGCCCUCCCAGUGGUCAUCUUCGAAAGCUGUGCUCUUGGGUCAAUGAUGUGGCCAUUGCUUACAUAUUUGACUUUUUUUGAGAUCGCCUUCAGAAACUAUUUAUGAGCUAUAGAGAAAUCAUUUUCCCAAGACCAUUUCAGGGAAGAACUUCCAAGGAGGAUAUCCAAUGACAACAUCAAUGGCAUAUGCAGAGAGGGCCCCUCAGAAAAAGAGUGUCCCUUGUCAUGGCAGUCCUUUGAUAAGAGUAAUUAGCAAAUUUUGCGCCCAUCAGUGGAUCAGCCCUACUCUGGGAAAGUGAGGAUUUAGGAUCUUUGUGUUAUAAAUUUGGGUCUAACAUCAGGACCCAAGUAUCAGGACUAGUUCAGAAUAUCUAAAUGAAGACAAGGAAGGAUUCAGUGUGAUAUGUGACCAGAUAUGCAGGUGAAUUGUAAAAUCUCAGGUGCCUGGCUCUCAAAAAAUAGAGAUUCUCAAUAAUGGCAUGGGUUGGCAGACAGUUACAGCUGUUAAGGCUGUACAGAAUUCUGCACUUAAAGCUGCCAGUCAGCAGCUUUUAGGGAAAGAAAAGAGUUCAAGUAAUUUGGGGAAACUUUAAAAGCAUAUCGGGAUUUAAGCUUCUAGGCACUAGCUAGAGAUGGAAGCUCUUAAAAUCUAAUUUCCAUUCACAGAUAAUAAAAAAUUUAGUUUGUGUAGCUGUCAUAACCCAUCCCACCAGCAGGGGGAUGAGGCAGAUCGGUGCCAGAUGAGCCAGAGGCAAAGGGCCCCGGGGACUGAGGCAGGGCAUGUGGCUCAUCUUGGCCCAGCAGACUGGAUCUGGAAGCAGGUCGUGUGAGGGAACAGAGCGCCCCUGGCUGGGAGGAAGAGGAUGAGCUAGGAGGAGGAAAAGGAGGUCAGGUUUAAGGAUACAGGUCUAGAAAAUGAUACCAUGGUCCCUAGAGUUUGUGAGCAUGACUCCAUUCUCAAAGGCAAGGGAGAUAAGGAACAGGUGGUUCAGGCAAGUGGGUUCCAGGAGAAGAGAGGCACAAGUUCGAACAGGACUGGCAGCCAGACCCACUUGUUGGGGGGCCUCUGAGCUGCUUGGCUGGGUCUCCUAUUUUACUGGACCUAAAGAGAAUGAGGCCCAGAGGCUGUGAUGGGAUGGAAACUGUAGGAGAGGUUAAAGGACCCCAGUUGCCAAGCUGAUCUGAAAUGGGCAGGGAGCUAAGCUCACCUGAACAUCCACAGAUAAAUGUUCUCUUCUUAGCCGUCACCACAUUCUGCAAUCAGUGGCUUCAGGAAAUACACACACUCACACACUGCCCUUGAACUCAAACUGUGCUCUCAGGGAAAUACAAAUAUUGUUUGCUUAUAGCUGUGAAACUAUAGCUUUGCUAUUUAUAAAAGCACUUGAGGUACUGUUGUCAUUUACGAAUCCUACUUGAUUUUGAAAAAGAAAAGUACUCAGAGUUUUCAAAGUGAGUUGAAUUUCUUAUAGAAGGUCCUAAUUUGGGGUUGCAAAAUCAUUUUUUCCCUUAACAUCUGAUUUGAGUGUUGUAUUAGAUCUCAUAAUCUGAAGAGCCAUCCUUCAUGGAAAUCCACAAAUAUCUCACAUAUGGCUCUUGCAAAACCAAUUUUGACAGGCUGAAUUUUCAUAUUUAUAGGUAAAAGAGUUGAUGCUUAGUUGACCAAAUCCUUUAAGCAUUUUGGUUACGUGAAUUUGUAUUUUUUUAAACCAUCAA